ACGUCCCGCCGAGAGGUCGUGUCUCGAGAGCUGGUCUCCGGUGAGGGAAGCGUGUCGGCGCAACUGUGACCGAGAGGGGAGACCGAGACUGACAGCUGACUGACAGCAGGAGGCCAGCCGAGCAGGGACGCGCCCCUCUGCUCCCACGCCCCACGGAGUCGUGCUGCGGUCAGUGUCGCUCAGGACUGUCUGACCGGUCAGCGGGUCAGAUCAGCCGAGUGCCGGCGCUCGGUGCGUGCCGCUGGGUGCUCCGGUGACCGGCCGGCUGAGGAGGCGGCACUCGGCCAGCGGCGGCCAUGGCGCGGACACUGGAGCUGCUGCUGCACUGCUGGACGCUGGCCGCGCUGUGUGUGACCUUCACGGCAGCAGGGUGCGGUCUGGCACAGCCCACCUGGCGAUUGGACGGCCGGUGCGGCCACAGCUUCCCCCUGGCCAAUGGUGAGCCGUCCACGUGCGAUAAGCGCAGCGAGCGGCCGUGCUGCUCCGACUUCGGCUACUGCGGCAACUCGGACAGCCACUGCCGCUGCGAGGACUGCGUCGACUACAGAGCGAUAUUCCAGGGCUGCGUGCAGCGCUACUCGGGCCUCAAGGGCGUCAUAGAGUCUCAGGAUUACCCGGCGCCGUACCCAGCCAACACAGAGUGCUGCUACGACAUCCAGCGGCCGGACGACUCCUACUGCGGCGUCAAACUCUACUUCGACCAUUUCGAUGUUGAGGGCUCGAUGGAGCCGUUCUGCCAGCGCGACUGGCUGGCCGCCGAGUACUGUGUGCCCGAGAAGGGCGCCAGGAUGUGCGGCAACCUGACCGGCACCGUCCACGAGUUUCUGUACCAGCCGGGCUCGUCGGCGCUGCGGCUGUCGUUCCGCUCGGACACCUACAACCUGCACAGCGGCUUCCACAUUCGGUACGAGCUGCUGCGGAGCUGCCGCGCGCCCUACGCCGACCCCAUGCCGACGGCCAUCCCCGGCUCGGGCGGAGCGCUCUGCUACACCAAGGUCACCAACCGGAAGGGCACCAUCAACACCCCCUACUUCCCCAACAACUACCCCAAUGAGGUCGACUGCGUCUACGAGUUCGAGAGGAAUAACUCGCUGGUGUGCGGCGUGCGGAUGCGGUCGCGCGUGUUCGAGCUCCAGGAGCCGUUCACAUCCCCGUUCGGCGGCGCGUGCACCGACUUUUUCCACUGUCCCGGCUGCGGCUACCUCUGCGGCUCCGUCGAGUACUCGUGGGUGGCCAGGUUCCAGCCCGACGCUACCGCCAUCAAGUUCCACUUUCACUCGGACGAGGCAGACACCAGCAAAGGCUUCAUGGCAACGUUCGAGCAGAUUUACGACUGCGAUUGAGAGCGCUGCUGGCGCCGCCCGGCCCGGCUGACGGUGGACGGGGACACCGGGCGGCGCCGGCGGCCGCCAGACGGCGCUCCCGGCCGGCACAGGCGGCGCGCCGGCCCAGCGCCCGGACAGCCGAGAGCGGCCGCCGCCGGGCCGGCCGGCCGGACCCAGAGGACGCCAGUGCCCGGUGCGCCGAGACCAGUGUUGUUUACCAGUGCGUGGUCGGUGUUAUUACCAGUUCCCGGUGUCGUUUUACCAUUUCGCGGUGUUGUGGAUAGUUCCAUGCGAUAUAAGCCGUGUCGAUCUGUCUGUGAGGUGACCGGACCUGAUACACCUCGCCAAGGCACAGCCGUGUGACGAGGAACGGCAGAACUCCGCAACUGACGGACAUCGUGACGCAUGCAGAACAGUUCGUGACAUGUGCAGAACAAGCCGUGACAGCUGCAGCAGCGCAGUUCGUGACAUCGUGACGGAUGUAGAACGGUCCGUGACGAUCACAAAGCGGCCUGUAGCGACUGAAGAAGAAAUCGACUGUUAUCCGUGACGGGUGGAGAACCAUCCGUGAAGACGCGGCGGUCCGGCGCCGCGUGACGCUGCGAGGUCGCGGCUCGUGACGGCGCGGCGGAGGAGUAACGUGACGUGACGUGACGUGCGUGUAACGCGCUACCGCGAUACCUCGCCGCCCCAAAAGACCUGUGCAAUGUAGGCGGCCCGGCUGGCGCGGGGCCGGCUGCCCGCGGCCGCUGCAGACCGGGGUACGCUGACUGUUCCUCUCUGUAUUCAACAAACUCGUGUCUAAAACAACCAGCGAUGUUUAAUA